AAUGCCUCGUUUUCUCUCUCCGCUUCCACAGAGUAGGGCGCGCGGCGCGCAGCGCGCGUAACGUCGCUUCCUCUCAGCACAGAGCGCAGCGCCUCGUUUCCUCUCUGCGCGGCGCACACGCUGCGAUUCUCGUGCAUUGGGCAGUCUGCCGCCUCAGCUGUAGGACGGAACGCGCAGCUCAGCCCACGAGUGGAGAAUUUGCGCGCCUCUCAGAAACGUCGUCGUCUACUGGAGCGUCGACAAGGAAAGCGUCGGCAGCACCGGGAGCGGAGCGACAGGAUUGUUGCUACUGCUGCCAACAAAUGAAGUAUUACAAGAAAAGGGGCAGCCAGUGGAAGCACUGAACAUGUGGCCUUGGUUGUUUGGAGAAAUUAGAUGGGUGCCUGAAAUGGGAAGCAGCUGAGAGAACGUGGCAAGGCAGAGUGGUGGGGAGGAGGAAGUAAGCAGAGAUAGAGGUUGUCUCUGUCUGCCCUUCACUCUGUCUUUGUUACAGUGUGAGCAGCCUAUCCACCAUGUUGGCCAAAAGGAAGUACUUGCUGAACAAUCUGGAACCUGACCGCCUUGCCCUUUAUAAGCAAUACCGCUGCAUCUACCAGUACCAACUUCUUGUUCUUUUGUUGGGCAUCAUGAUCAUUUUCUGUAUAGCUCUUAUCUCCACCUUUUUUAGUUCAAAACUGGUUGCUUCAGAAUACCAAGCCUUCCUCAUCUCUGUGUUUGGGGGUCUUGUCCUGUUUGGCGUUGUCUUUGCUUUUGUUUGCACUGAGUCGCUCUUUCAGAAAUGGAUGCGCACCUUUGGCAUUGUGGUCUGGAUUUGUCUUCUUGCUAUGGGCUAUGCCUUUAUCUUCAGUGGCGAUAUGGUUCACACCUGGGACCAGGUGCCAUUUUUCCUCUUUAUAAUUUUCACUGUGUACAGCAUGCUUCCAUUUCGGAUGAAGGAUGCAGUCAUUUUUAGCCUCCUGUCUUCAGUGUCUCAUAUAGUUGUUAGUGUCAGUGUGACUGACUGGCAGAAGUGGUCCAUUGUGUUGUGUCAGCUGGUAUCCAACAUCAUCAUUUUCCUGUGUGGAACUGUGGUGGGUGCAUUCCACAAGGUCUUUAUGGAGAGUGCCUUGCAACAGACCUUUAAAGACACCCUGAACAGCCUUAAAAUCCGAAUGAAGUUAGAGAUUGAAAAACGGCAACAGGAGAAGCUGCUGUUGUCUGUGUUGCCAGCCCACAUCUCCAUGGAAAUGAAACUGGCCAUUAUUGAACGACUGAAAGAAAGCAAAGAUGCUCAGCAGAGGCAGGUGAAGGACAACAACUUCCACAGUCUUUACGUCAAGAGGCACCAGAAUGUCAGCAUCCUGUACGCAGACAUUGUGGGCUUCACUCGUCUGGCCAGUGACUGUACUCCCAAAGAUCUUGUUAUCAUGUUAAAUGAAUUAUUUGGGAAAUUUGACCAGAUUGCAAAGGAGAAUGAAUGCAUGCGAAUUAAGAUUUUGGGUGACUGCUACUACUGUGUGUCAGGGCUGCCAGUCUCAUUGCCCAAUCAUGCCAAGAACUGUGUCAAAAUGGGCCUGGAUAUGUGUGAAGCUAUAAAGCAGGUGAGGGAAGCCACUGGGGUUGAUAUCAACAUGAGAGUUGGAGUACAUUCUGGAAAUGUUCUCUGUGGCGUUAUUGGACUUCGAAAAUGGCAGUAUGAUGUGUGGUCACAUGAUGUCACCUUGGCCAAUCACAUGGAGUCUGGAGGCUUGCCUGGCCGAGUGCAUAUCACUGAUGCCACCCUGAAACAUCUAAAUGAUGCCUAUGAGGUGGAAGAAGGGAAUGGUCACCUGAGAGACUCAUACCUGAAGGAGCAGCAUAUACAGACCUACCUUGUCAUUGAUCCCAGGUCAAAGGAUCCCCAAGUACACAACAAACAUCUGCCAAGGCCUAAGGUAAAUGAUGGUCUCAAGGGACGUGCGUCAGUGAGGAUGACCAGGUACCUGGAGUCGUGGGGUGCUGCCAAACCCUUUGCUCAUCUCCAGAAUCGUGAGGCACUAGCCAGUGAAGCAUUAGCUGGUAACAGCAAGUUCUGCAAGGACAUUCCUAUGCGGCCCAUUCCUUUCCAAACAAAACUAGACAGCUUUGAUGAAACUACGCAGGAGCUGCUCUCUCCAACUGUGUCAUCACAUUUGACCUCUAAAAACAAAUCCCAGAAGAAUAAGUUUAAUGAGGAACUUCACAACAAGAUGGUGACAACAAUUGAUGAGCUAAACUCACUGAGGCAGUGGAUCAAACUAGAGGAGUUUUAUAGCAUCUCACUGUACUUUAAAGAGAUGGGGUUGGAGAAACCAUAUCGAAAUACAGACCUUCCUGGAUUUCAGUACUACCUGGCUUGUGCAACCUUUGUGUUCCUGUGUAUUCUCUCUGUGCAGUUGCUUGUCUCUCAAAGGUUUCAUGAAAUGGGGGUUUUCUUUGGAGUGAUAACUGUGAUGCUUCUCUGUACUAACUUGCUGUGUUUUACCAGUGACAUAGUGCGCAAAUUUUGCUCCAAGCCGCCUAGGCUGAUAAGAAUGCUUUCAGUCAUCUCGAAAUCCAUACAAAAGAAGCCCUAUGUACGACUGCCAGUGACCAUCCUAGUCAUAAGCAUCAUCCUGGUACCGGCAAUUUUGGCUCUGGUUUAUCUGGAAAAACUUCCAACUGAUUCGGCAAACAAUACUACACAAGAGCUGGAGCUUUCUUACCUACCGUACUAUGUAUACUGCUGCCUUCUGGGACUCAUGGCUGGCUGUGUAUUCCUGCGAGUGAACUUUGAACUGAAGUUAUCCUUCCUGGUGUUGUCCUGCUGCAUUUACUUUACUUUCAUCUUAAAGACACAGUCACCCAACAACUACCCAAAACAGCCAUGUGGCUCAAACUGUACUGAAUUGUUAAACCACCUUCCCUUUAUACUUGAAGACCCAACAACGAUGAGCUGCAUCUACACCCUAUUGUUUGUACUCACCUUGUUAAUCCUUACCUGGCAGAAUGAGUACUGCUACAGGAAAGACUUUCUGUUAAAGAACAAAAAUCAGCAGAAACAAGAAGAGAUUGAGACCAUGGAGAAUUUGAACAGAUUAUUGCUUGAAAAUGUGCUUCCAGCUCAUGUAGCUGCCCAGUUCAUUGAGGACAACAAGAAAAAUGAGGAAUUCUACUACAACUCGUAUAACUGUGUCUGUGUCCUAUUUGCCUCCGUUCCUGACUUCAAGGAAUUCUACACUGAAUGUGACAUUAAUAAGGAGGGUCUGGAGUGUCUCCGGCUGCUUAAUGAGAUAAUCGCUGACUUUGAUGAGCUUCUAUCAAAACCCAAGUUUAGUGGAGUGGAGAAAAUUAAAACAAUUGGAAGCACCUACAUGGCAGCUACAGGCCUCAGUGGGAAUCAACACAUGGAUAAUAAUCAGGACUCGGACAGACAGCAUAUGCAAAUUGGCAUCAUGGUGGAAUUUGCUAUCGCUAUGAUGGGAAAACUUGAUGGGAUUAAUAGACAUUCAUUUAACAACUUUCGUUUGCGCAUUGGAAUGAAUCAUGGUCCUGUGAUUGCUGGAGUCAUUGGUGCACGUAAACCCCAAUAUGAUAUCUGGGGCAACACUGUGAAUGUUGCCAGCAGAAUGGAGAGCACAGGGGAGCUUGGAAAAAUUCAGGUUACUGAAGAAACAACCAAUAUUUUGCAAAAACUUGGAUAUGUCUGUGAAUGUCGGGGGUUGAUCAGUGUAAAGGGAAAAGGCGAGCUGCGCACAUACUUUGUCUGCACUGAUAUGACUAAAUCACAGGGCAUUUCUCUGAACUGAUGUACCCUUCUGCACAUGAGGAAUUCAUGGAGGGCUGAAUCACUUUGACUGGACAUGGAUCCUGUUUGCACUAGUGAUCAAGACAAAGUAUAAGGUUUUAUCAGUAAAUUACUUGGGUACAACUGUCUCCUAUCUGCAACAAUGUGAUCAAGACCCAAACAAAGGCUCUGAUCUUGCUACAGUUGGUCAGAUAAACCUCGUACGUACAUUCUUGUGACCAAAACAUGGCGACAUUGCAUCAGCUUUUUUGGAGAAAGACUGAUACAGAAUGCUGUGGCUUAGUAAGCGAAGAGACGAUGGAGUUAUUUUUACACCAACAAGAACCCAAAGAUGCUUUGACAAUGGAGAAAAUGGAUAUGGCUAUUGAACUAGAGCAACAAUUGCCUGGUUUUCUCCAUCUGAAGUAUGGUAUUUUGUGAAUAUUCUGUUGCAGACCAAAUUACAAUUUUAAAAAGAAUGUAUCAUUUAACAUUGGCAUCUUUAAUACCAUUUAUUAAUACAGCUGUGAAUAUGUGUGUAAAGCACCAAAAAUCUUCUCCCCUUCCUGUUAAAAAAGCUGUGGCUUGGGCUAUAUGGCACCAUAUUUUCAUGAGGCUGUAUUUUUCUGCCCUUUAUUCUAUUUUUAACAGCACUAUCUGCUUAUUUGUGGCAUUUGGAUGAGCCUCUGCAUUAAAUGGAAUUAUUCACACUUGUGCAGCUUGUGGGUCUGCAUGUAGGCUUCUGCUGGGGUGGGUAAGAAAUACCUCCUCACUUUCCUCUAUGGUGCAAUCACUUUUUAAACCUUAUUUUUAAAUUUAAAUGACAUGCAAAGAGUGACAUAGGACAGAGACUAACCUUCCACUGGAAGAUUUUGGACAAUGUAUAUAAUAAAGAUAUCUAAAACAUG